AUGGAUCCUCCCCUAGCGAUGUUGGCCAGCCUAUGGUUUUACAUGACUCCACAACCACCGAAACCGUCAAUGCAUAGUAUUGUAGUAGGUAACUGGCGUCAGUCCGACAAAAACAGAAGAGCUGGAUUUAGCGGUGCCAUAUUUGGUCCGACUAGUCUCGUAAUCAACAACGAGUGUGGUGGAGAAGAUCCUGAGGAACCAGGUGGUCCAGGCGAGUCACGCAGAAUUAAAGCUUUCAAAUGGUUUUGCAAAUAUUUUGGAGUUCCUGCAGGCUCAGAGAGAUCUCUCAGUUGCAAAGGUGAGUAAGA